GAAAAAAAUCCGAAAAAGCACGAAACAAACAUGGCUGACAACGUUGCAGCGGUUCUCCACGGCAUCAACGACAUUCGCAUGGAACCGGUCGCCCGCCCGACGCCUGGUCCGAACGACGUCCUGAUUGCCAUGAAAGCCGUCGGGAUUUGCGGGUCGGACGUGCACUACUGGACCCACGGCCGCAUUGGCGACUUUGUGCUGACCUGCCCGAUGGUCCUUGGCCACGAGUCCAGCGGCACCGUCGUCGAGGUCGGAGCGAACGUCAAGACGCUGGUCGCUGGCGAUCGUGUUGCCAUUGAGCCCGGUGUGCCAUGCCGCCUGUGCAGCUAUUGCAAGACUGGCCGCUACAACUUGUGCCCCGACAUGCAGUUCUGCGCCACUCCGCCAGUCAACGGCUCGCUUGCUCGAUUCUACGUCCAUCCGGCAGAUUUUUGCUUCAAGCUUCCCGAUCAUGUGAGCUUUGAAGAGGGCGCCCUGCUUGAGCCUCUGAGUGUGGGCGUGCACGCCUGUCGUCGCGCCAAUGUCACUCUGGGCUCGCGCGUUUUGGUUUGUGGUGCCGGACCCAUCGGUCUUGUUUGCAUGCUUGCUGCCAAGGCUGCUGGAGCUUCGGAGGUCGUAGUGACUGACAUUGACCAACAUCGCCUGGAUGUCGCCAAGUCCAUGGGCGCUCACAAGAUCUUCCGUGUCACAUCCCGCGACGCCAAGGAGGUGGCGGCUCAAAUUGCCGAGCUUGCUGGUGGCCGCUUGGAUGUCGCCAUCGAAUGCAGCGGAGCGGAAGCCAGUCUUCGAACUGCCAUCUUUUCGACCCGUAACGGCGGCGUGGUGGUCUUGGUCGGCCUUGGUGCACCCGAGGUGAACAUGCCCAUCGUCGAUGCUGCUGUGCGUGAAGUUGACAUUCGCGGCAUCUUCCGCUACGUCAACGCGUAUCCGACUGCCCUCGCAAUGAUUGCGUCAGGCACCGUGAAUGUCAAGCCCCUGAUUACGCACCACUUCAAACUGAACGACGCCAUUCAAGCGUUUGAAACGGCAAAGACCGGUGCCGGUGGUGCCAUCAAGGUCAUGAUUCACUGCGACCAGUAGUGGAAUUCUGACGUUUGCCCCCUCCGUUUGGUCCUCUUUUGACUGAUCACUGGUAACUGCUAUUUCAUGGCUCUGGUUACUGACGCGUGUUGGUGCAUGAAGUGCAUUUUUUCCCCUUUGUGAACAAACAUUGUGCAGAUUGACCCACAUACAUCCGAAACAAGCAACAUCCA